CCCGAGCAAGUUCAAAAUGAAAAUACCAGCUGUUUAACGCCAGCAGAAUUGUUGCAGCGUUUAAGCUGCAACAGCAGCAACAGCUCCACAGCAGAAAUCUCCACCACCACCAACAACAUUAACAGAUCACCAACACCCACACCCACACCCAUACCCAUACCCCCCGCAACAGCUACAAAAGACUGCGACGAGAAUUCGUUAACAGCAGAAGAAGAGGAGGCAGAAGCAACAACAACAACAACAACAACAAUUACAAGCAGCAUACCAAAAGAAAACGAACACAGCCCAAAGCAGCAGCCACCGCCGUCGCCAGCGACUGCGCCGCACGCCAACAGCGACGCCGAAGAGGAAGCUGAUGCUGAAGCUGACGCCGACGUUGACGUUGACGUUGGCCUUGAGGCGCCAAAGCCGCGUUAUUACGGCGCAGGCGUUGUUCUAACGCAGGCGCAGCGCAAGGAAUAUCCGCUCGAGCGCAACAUCAAAGAUAAGACGCAACACGUUGACGUAGACGUUGACGUCGACAGCGGCAGCAAUAACGAGAGUAGCAGCAGCAGCGACGCCGACGACGACGACGACUCCGACGACGGCUGCAAAUUGAUUGUUGACGAAAAACCGCUGCUGCCCGUCGAUCAGCCGCUGUCGCUGCGCAUGCGCAGCACACCGCCCAGCGCCGAUCAGAGACCAAGUCCGCCGCCGCCGCGUGUACCCGCCGUACGCUGCAGCGUUAUACAGCGCGCACCGCAGGCGCCCGCACAAGAGCAGCAGCGCGAGAGCAGCGAACCGUUAUACCAGCAACAGCUGCAGCAGCAGCAGCAGCGCGAACGCCAACUGUUAUACCAGCGCACGCUCGACCUCGAACAGCUGGGCCCAGAGCAACAGGAGCCGAUCGACUAUCACGUGCCGAAGCGACGCAGCGCCAGCUACGACAGCGACGAGGAGCUCAACGCACGACGCCUGCAGCGCGAGCGACGCGUGCGCGAGGCUCGUCGACGCAGCAGCUAUUUGGCAGCGCGCGUGCUGCAGCUUAAUCCGCGCCUGGUGCGCAGUCUGCCCGGCAUCUUGGCAGCGGCCGCGGGUCACGGACGCAGCAGCAGCAGCAAUUCCGGCCAGGGUUUUCAGACGAGCAACAGCUUCGGCGGCGGCAAUCAGAACGCCGGCAGCGCUGGUACGCCCGGCAGCGGCGGCGGCGGCGGCAGCAGCAGCGGCGGCAGCGGCGGCGGCAGCAGUAGCUUUGGCAGCGGCGCCGGCGGCGGUGGCAUGGGCGGCGGCCGUGACGGACGCGGCAAUUACGGACCAAAUUCACCGCCCAGCGGCGCUCUGCCGCCCUUCUACGAGAGCCUCAAGAGCGGCCAAACCGGCGACGCUCAGGCGACCACGCCCACAACGGGCGCCCAUCACGGCCAGCUGCUGCACAGCAACUCGCAGUUUCUCAUACAGAACGCGGCGGCAGCGGCAUACCUAAUGUCCGGCCAGCAGUAUAACUGUAAUGGCGGAGCAGGAGGAGGAGGAGGAGGAGGGGGCAACGGAGGAGGAGGAGGGGUUAACGGAGGAGUCGGAGGAGUUGGUGGUGGAGCUGGAGCUGCUGUUGGCCUCGAUGCCUACGGCAUCAUACUGAAAGAUGAGCCCGAUAUUGAGUACGAUGAGGCCAAAAUAGAUAUUGGCACAUUUGCCCAGAAUAUAAUACAGGCCACCAUGGGCGUUGGCAGCGGCGUUGGCAGCGCUGCUGCUGUCGCUGCUGCUGCUGCUGCUGGGGGCAACGGCAGCAAUUUCUCUGCCAGCGCGUAUGAGGACGCGAUAAUGUCCGAUCUGGCCGCCAGCAGCGCAGCGCAGUGCCCAAACGGCGCCGUCGAUCCUCUACAAUUUACGGCCACAUUGAUGCUCAGCUCACAGACGGAUCAUCUGCUCGAGCAGCUGUCGGACGCCGUGGAUCUCAGUUCGUUUCUGCAGCGCAGCUGCGUCGACGUCGACGACGAGGACGAGCACUCGACCAACAAUAACAGUCCGGCACAUCAGCGGCAGGACUUUGAGCUGGUGUCGACGCCGUCGCUGACGCCGGACUCGGACGCCGUCUCGGUGACGCCGCACGCGGCAGCGCAGCUGGAUGCGCUGCACGAGAAUCUGCUGACGCAGCUGACCAACAAUAUGACGCGCAGCAGCAGCAACAGCAGCAACAACAACAACAACAAUGUUUAUGGCGCUGCCCCGCAACAUGUUGCCAAUGCACAGCAGCAUUUGCAGCAACAUGUUGUCAAUGCGCAGCAGCAGCAGCAGCAACAUUUGCAGCAGCCGCCGCCCUCGUAUCAGCAUGCGACGCGCAACUUGUUGCAAAUGCAGCAGCAACACAACAGUAACAACAACAACAACAACAAUAACAACGGCUACCAUCAGCAGCAGCUGGCACAGCAGCAACAACAAUUGCUGCAGCAGCAACAUCACACGCAUCAUCAACAGCAACAACAACAGCAACAGCAGCAACAUUUCCAUCAGCAACACAAUAUCUAUGCACAUCAGCAACAUCAUGCACAGCAGCAGCAGCAGCAGCAACAUCACUUCCAUCAGCAACAGCAACAUCAUACGCAUCACGCGCAACAACAUGCGCACCAGCAACACCAGCAACAUCAGCAGCAGCACCAACAGCAGCAGCAGCAGCAACAUCAGCAGCAGCAGCAGCACCAACAGCAACAUCAUCAUCACAACGACAACAGCAACUUGUCGCUGCCAUCGCCAACAACAGCUGCUGCUGCCGCUGCCGCAGCGGCCGCCGCUGUCGCCGCCUUGCGCCCCAUGUCCAGCAGCAGCAGCAGCAGCUCGAACCUGCUCGAUGCAAACACGGCAGCGGCUGCUGCUGCCGCCCUGCUCGACACGAAGCCGCUGAUACAAAGCGUAAGUGCCCCUGCUCAACAGCCACAACAGCCACAACAGCAACAACAGCAACAACAGCAACCAGCAACAACAUCAACAGUUACAGCAAUUGCAACAGCAACAGCAGCAAUUUUAGCCAAAGCACACAUUUUAACAGCCACAUUAACAGCAAUAGCAAACAUAACAUUAACAGCAGCUGCAAAAAUAACAUUAACAGCAGCAGCAGCAACAACAACAACAACAACAACAACAACAACAACAAGAACAGCAGCGGACGGCACAAAGCUGGGCGGACGCGCCAAGGCUAAGGCCUAUGGCUCCACUGUGGUCACAUUUGUCUCGACGGUGAAGCCAUCGCCGGAGGUGCCCGCCCAGCGUCACGUUCAUCGCACCACGUUGCGCUCGCUGGCCUGUGCGGCGGCUGCGACGGCAGCGGGCCUGUUGCCCCCAUCUCCGACCAUUUCGGUGCUCAAUGAGAGCAAAAUGCUACAGCGGCGGCUGGGCCUGCCGCCGGACUUGCAGCUGGAGUUCGUGAACGGCGGGCAUGGCAUCAAGAAUCCGCUGGCCGUGGAGAAUACGCACGGAGGCCAUCAUCACCACCGCAUACGCAACAUGGAUUGCAUCGAUGAUCUCAAGCAUGGCCAUCCGUCCCAGCAGCAGCAGCAGCAGCAGCAACAGCUGCAACAGCAGCAGCAGCAGCAACAGUUGCAGCAGCACUCGCCGCAGCUGCAGCAGCAGCAUUCGCCGCAGCAACAGACGCUGCAGCAGGCGCAGCACUUGUCGCUCAGCCAGCAGCACAACGGCGGCGGCGGCGGCGGCAACAGCUUGGCCAGCAUCAGCAACAGUCGCAGCAGCCACAACAACAACAAUAACAACAACUGCAGCAGCAGCGUCAGCAGCAACAGCAGCAAUCAAGGCGACUCGCUGUGCCCCAGCAACAACAGCGGAGCGGAGGACGCCAACAACAAGUUCGUCUGCCGCGUCUGCAUGAAGACGUUCUCGCUGCAGCGUCUGCUCAAUCGGCACAUGAAGUGCCACUCGGACAUCAAGCGCUAUUUGUGCACCUUCUGUGGCAAGGGCUUCAACGACACCUUCGACCUGAAGCGCCACACGCGCACCCACACGGGCGUUCGUCCCUACAAGUGCAACCUGUGCGAGAAGAGCUUCACGCAGCGCUGCUCCCUCGAGUCGCAUUGCCAGAAGGUGCACAGUGUCCAGCAUCAGUAUGCCUACAAGGAGCGACGCGCCAAGAUGUACGUAUGCGAGGAGUGCGGUCACACCACCUGCGAACCGGAGGUGCACUAUCUGCAUCUGAAGGACAAUCAUCCGUUCUCGCCGGCGCUGCUGAAGUUCUACGACAAGCGUCACUUCAAGUUCACCAAUUCGCAGUUUGCGAACAAUUUGCUCGGCCAGCUGCCGAUGCCGGUGCAUAACUAAAACUGGAAACUAGCUAUAGAAAAGCCGUAGAUUAAGCCUAAACAAACUAACUAAAACAAACAAACAAACAGAAACUAACUGAAUUAAUCUAACGUUAAUGCAAAUUCAACUUUAAGCUGAAGUUUUAUGAAAACUGCCCCCACGAAAAUGGCGAGAUUAUGUUUUGUACAUGUAUAAUCAUAUCAGAUAUCAUAUAUAGUUAUAUCGUAUACAGAUAUAUGCAUCUACAUAUUGAUAUGCAUUGAUUACUAGCUAUGUAAGCGAAAAACGAAAAACAUUUUACAUUUAGUUUAGCUCAAGAAUUUCAAAUCAAAAACACGUUUUUUCGCUCGCCCUUAACACUUUGCUGUGCAAACAAAAAAAACAAAACACGAAAAACAAAAAUGGAAGAAAAAAAAAAAAACUAAAAUCGAUAACAAAAACAUUUUGAAAUAUUUCAUUUCGUUUGAUAUUGAGAAAAGCAAGAAAAGAAGGAAAAACUUGUUAGCUCUUACGGUUUUUUUUUUUUUUGCUGGGCAAGUCCCAAAACUAAUUUUAUGCGCUUAGUCAAAGUUUUUUUUUUCUUUUUUUAUGUAUUCAAAACCAAUUUUUUUUUGUUUCGGAACCACUUUUUGUAGUUCUUUAGGCUAAGCUUAGUUUUAAAAUGCUUUAAGCAAAACAAAAAAAAAGGUAACAAGAAGAAAAACAAAUGAAUUAUCGAUUUAGUUAUCGAUUUAGUUAUCGAUUUAGUUAUCGAUUUAGUUAUCGGUUUAGUUAUCGUUUCUUGAAAACACAAAAACUCAUUCGCUGUUUUUAGCUAAAUGAACAAGCUGCAAAAACUCUUGCAUUUAUUUACAACAAACAAAUGAUUUACAAAUUAGAAGAAGAGCAGUUAGAAGAAGCAGAGCGGAUAGAAGAAGAAGAAGAA